AUGCGCACCCGCGGGAAGCCGCCCGCCGCGCCCGAGUGCGACUGGCCCAAGCUGCAGGAGGAGAGCGGAAGCAGUGGCAGUCAGAUCAAUGAAGAAAGGUACCCUCCGCGGCCCAUCAAGCACCAAGAGCGCCGCGCAGCCGCCCAGACCUCGCAGCCCUCGCAGCCUUCACAGCCCUCGCAGCCUUCACAGCCCUCACGGCCAGCGCGGCUCGAUCCCGAACGGGAGCAGCACCGGGCGUUGUCGCAGCUGCUGGCAGUCGCUGUGCAGCGGAUCGACCAGACGGGAAUCAAUUUGGUUGCGAGACUGGAUCAAGAGGAGUGGCGCGCCAAGAACCGCCGCUUCAAGCGCGACUUGGAGGCUUCCCUGGGCGCUGCGGAGCUGCAGCGCUUCAAGGACGACGGAGCGUCGGCCUCGCUCCGUCUGGAAUUUUCCACGCAAUACCGCUACAACCUCCGCGAUGCCGAUUCCACCCCCGCGGCCGCCGAGGCGGCCGCGACCUAUGCACAGAGGGUGCUGGAGGUCUUUGCCACAACCAUGGCCAGAUCAGGCGAAGCGGUCGCGGCGGAGCUGCUGUGCGACCUGGUGUUGCUGCUGCCUGACGAGGCUCCGCGGCAUCUUCUCCACACCGCACUGGACGAGCUCCGCGCCCGCGAAGAGCUCCGCGCCGCCCCGCCAACGGGGCCGGCGACGGGGUCGGCAAAGGCCCAGGCGAAGGCCCAGACCAAGGCCCAGGCGAAGGCUGUGCCCAAAGGGGUGCCGGAGCCGAAGAUGGCGCCGAAAGCGUUCAUUCGUAAGUUCCAAACAGCGACAGCUCAGUGCGCUCUAGGAGGUCGCUUGAGCUUCCUCUCCUCCUUGAACGCGGUGCUGGACGUCUUGGUGAUUCCACGUACUCCAUCAGUGUCCCAGCAGGCCUUGCGUCGAUGCGUGAAGCAACUGGACGCUCAGCAGGCCGAGUCUUUGCAGCUGAUGCAUCAGCACCUGGUGGAUGCCGGGGGCGCAUCCUUGGACUUUGAACCCAUGGACCGCCACUUGGAAGGGAUCGAGCGAGGUCUCCUCUCCUUGCGGCCCUUGCUAGUGCUGAAGCUUGCGGCGAAUGACGAGACCUCCGGCGCUGACCGUCAACGGAGCUGGUGGGAGUGGAAGGAGGCUGCCGCAGCAGCUGUUCAGCGCUUGGGGCAGAAGGAAAGUGCUGCGGUGCAGCUCUAUGUCUCAAUGUCCCUGAAGCAGCUGGACGACAUAGGAAAUCGGCGCCGCCACCCGGUGCCGCUGACUGGCCAACGCUGCCGCCCGGGGUGCCCAGAGGGCUGGACGCUGGAGCUCGGUGUGAUCGCACAAGAAGAUGGAGCUGGGGUGAAAGAGUUCCGCUCAGAGUGA